AUGAAUCCAGGAAGAAUUAUCUUGGCGUGCUGGAGCGAGGAACGAGGACAGGCUGCUUUGGAGGGGCCGAGGAACGACACAGGCUAUCAGAAAGCUGAGCUCUGGCUGGUUGACCUGAGUCGUUUCUCAUCUGUCACCGCUUUUGCGAACAAGUUCGAAGCCGACGGUGGUCAUCUGGAUAUCCAUGUUCUCAAUGCCGGUAUUGCUCCCGAUAAGAUAUAUCGUCCCACUUCUGACGGAUGGGAAUCCUCGCUACAAAUUAACAACAUCGCGUCCUCUUUACUUGCAUCGUCGACAUAUUUUUUUGUCACUCCCUUCAGACUCGUCCACCAGAGUCAAUCAUCGUCAAUGCCAUCCGGGUUUCGUGAGUCAGAGUUGCGCCGAGGCGUAAAAGAUACCUGGUAUAUGGCCCUUGCGGAAUGGACCAUGGUUGAGUUGAUUGGUUCCUCGACGGAAGAGGGUAGCCGACAGCCGUUUGGGCUGCCGUUGGAAGUGGAGAGGAUGAGAAGCGUCUGA